UCAUGGCAACCCUGUAUGACUGGCAGAAAACAGACCGCCGUCAUAUAGCCCCAGUCGACUUGGAGGUUUUAGAGCAUGAACACACUGGGCAGACGAGGAGUUGUGACAUUGAGACCCCCAGGGGAAGCUACCGGCUGUAAGGACUAAGAUGCAGCAUCUGGCACAUCCAUCCCCAUUUCCCACUGGAAGCCAAUUUCUUCAGCAAAAAUUUGACAAGGCUUCAUAUGAUUUGCACAAGCGGAAGGUAAAGUCUGCUGAAUCAACAAUAAACACAACUCCACCAAAGACAUAUGGUCACCUGGAUCUGAAGCUGAAGAAACAAAAGCUUGAAGAGAAAAGGACACUGAGGAUUCAGCAGGAAAACACCAUGCUCAUGGAAAGAAUAUCACACAUCAUGAGGACGACUGGAGGAGUCGACUGCAGAAAUUACUACGACAAGAAAAGCCUUGGCAAAGAGAAGCGACAGCUGGAGUCGCUCCGUAUCACCGAGGAGAAUCAAAUGAUCCUGUUCUGCCUGAGCCAGUGCAGGCCUCACUAUAAUGUCAGGAGCUGGCAUGAUGACUGGCUCAAAACCCUCAAGUUGAUGGACAGCAUCGCACAUUACCCCAGAGGAAGAGCAAAACUGCAGAAGGGGCAAAACAAACCCGACAAGGGGAGCAGUGGCUGGGAUAAAGGACAAAUGAUAAGCACAGAUGCAACCACACACAGCCCUGCCAGCAACAACACAAAGGCCAAAACAACAUCGGGGGGAAGUGAAAUGAAAACAGGAACCAGCGAGACACAAGAUACAGGAACAGAGAACCAGCAGGACACAGCUACACACCCUGACCCUGAAAGUCCCUGAUCUUCUCAGGCAAUUUGAAAUUACAAGAGAUAAACAACCACACUCCGUUGAAAGGCCCCUGGCUCCUGGUGGAUCUGAAAUGUCCGACACACCUGAAACAGAGGAAGGAUGAAAUACCAUGAAGUGAAGUUAUAUUGUUUUGUAUAGUAAAAAUAUACCACUGUAAAAAAUUUGGAAAAAUUAUAUUUUAACUUCAGAACUUUUUGGCCAAAUGUACUUGUGCCAAAAGGAUUGUGUUUUCUCUUCUGGACUGAUCAGCAUGAAACUUGGUGGAAGGCCAAAUGGGUCGAGAAAAAACUUUUGAAUGUUGGUGUUUAUCUAAAUCAUAUUUCUUUUGCUUUCAUUAGCAUUUUGGGAUUUUCUUCAUUUCCAUUGAUUUCUCAGAGAACAAUUCAUGGAUGUAGAUGAAAAAAAUCAAGCAUGUUUAGGGGACUUUAAUCUAUUUUUUAGUGUGCAUGCAAAUUAAAUAUGGCUUUAUACACAGUUUGGUUUUGUAGAUUGUGUAGACUGUGUACUGAGAUGAAUCUGUUGUAAAGUAUUUCAAAAACAAAUAAACAGGAAAAAGGUCAA